AUGGAAUCCGUCGUCGAGGAAGCUUCGAACCCGCAGUUCCAUCUCUCAGAUCCCUCUCCUCCGCCAGAGAACCUGGCUCUGGACACUGCCGAGCCGCCUUAUCCGGAUAAGCCGCCCCAAUCUGACGACUCCUGUCUCGGUGCCGCUGGUAAUAAUUGUCAGAUCGAGUUCCCCAAGCCUAGGCUCGACUUCACCAAGCCUCUCCUGUCCGAGAAUGGACUCACCAACACCAACAGCGGUGACAGGGACUUCUCCGGCGGCGAAGAGGAGACUACGAGCCGUCGCAAGCGGAGGAGCCGCUGGGACCCGCAGCCGGACGGUAGCGGUGGCAAUCAGGCGGCCGAUGGAGGCGGGAGCAAUAACGGUAGCAGUAAUAAUAAUAAUGAAACCGGGAGUGGUGCUCGGAAGAGGAAGUCGAGGUGGGCGGAUGAUGAGCCGAAGCCUGUGAUUCAGCUCCCUGAUUUUAUGAAGGAUUUCACCGGAGGUAUUGAAUUCGACCCCGAAAUCCAGGCUUUGAAUGCUAGGCUUCUCGAGAUUAGUAGGAUGUUACAGUCUGGUACGUCACAGUCUGGUUUGCCGUUGGAUGAUAGACCUGAAGGAGCUAGGUCUCCUUCUCCUGAACCUAUUUAUGAUAACAUGGGAAUUAGGAUCAAUACUAGAGAGUAUAGGGCCAGGGAGAGGUUGAACAAAGAGAGGCAAGAGAUUAUUUCACAGAUCAUCAAGAAGAAUCCUGCUUUUAAGCCUCCUGCUGACUACAGGCCCCCAAAGCUUCAUAAGAAGCUAUACAUACCAAUGAAGGAAUACCCAGGGUAUAACUUUAUUGGAUUGAUUAUUGGACCUAGGGGGAACACGCAGAAAAGAAUGGAGAGGGAAACCGGUGCUAAGAUUGUAAUUCGAGGGAAAGGGUCGGUGAAGGAGGGCAGGCUGCAGCAGAAGAGGGAUUUGAAGCCGGAUCCUUCUGAGAAUGAAGAUUUGCAUGUUUUGGUUGAGGCUGAGACUCAGGAGGCCUUGGAUGCUGCUGCUGGCAUGGUUGAGAAGCUUUUGCAACCGGUUGACGAGGUUCUGAACGAGCAUAAGAGGCAGCAGCUUAGGGAACUAGCUGCUUUGAAUGGGACGAUUAGGGAUGAAGAGUAUUGUCGGUUGUGUGGUGAGCCUGGACACAGGCAGUAUGCUUGUCCAUCGCGGACUACAACGUUUAAGAGUGAUGUGCUCUGUAAGAUUUGUGGUGAUGGUGGACAUCCUACCAUUGAUUGCCCAGUUAAGGGAACAACUGGGAAGAAAAUGGACGAUGAAUACCAAAACUUCUUGGCGGAAUUGGGUGGGACGAUGCCCGAGUCCUCGAAUAAGCAAACUUCCACCUUGGCCUUGGGGUCAAUUGGAUCUGGAAGCAAUCCUCCAUGGGCUAACAACACUGGGGGUAUUGGCAGUGCAAAUCAAGCCGGACUAGGAGCCACUGAUGGUAAAUCAACAAAGGAAUAUGAUGAUACCAAUCUUUACAUUGGCUACUUGCCUCCUACUUUUGAUGAUGAUCGUUUGAUCCAGUUAUUCUCUGCAUAUGGUGAGAUUGUGAUGGCUAAGGUAAUCAAGGAUCGGGUUACUGGGUUGAGUAAAGGGUAUGGUUUCGUCAAGUAUCGUGAUGUUCAAAUGGCUAAUUCGGCAAUUACUGGCAUGAAUGGAGCUCGUGUUGAAGGUCGGACCAUUGCUGUGAGGGUGGCUGGUAAGCCUCCUCAGCCCAGUGUUCCUCCUGGCCCUCCUGCAUCCAACAUGCUGACAUACCCUGUAUCAAGUCAACCAGUUGGUGCCUAUCCAUCCCAGCAGUUCACCCCUGGUGGUCCUCUUCCACCUGUCCCUCCGGGGAAAUAUGCUGCACCUCCUCCAAGCUAUGGAGGUCCCCUUGUUCCUUGGGGACCACCUGUUCCGCCUCCCUAUGCUCAUUAUCUUCCACCCCCACCCGGUGCGAACAUGUAUCCACCACCUCCUCCUCCUCCGGGACACCCAAUGGCACCUUAUGGCAUGCAAUAUCCUCCACCGGUGCCUCCGGCUCCUGGUGCUCCUAAUCCAGCAGUGACUUCUGACGCUCAACAAAGUUACCCACCAGGCGUCUCGGCGGAGAACCACACUUCUGCUCCGCCUCCUGCAUCAUCUAAUAUCUAUGGGAAUGUUCCACCAAUGCAAUCUGCUGGUCAACCACUUUACGCAACAGCUUCUCUAGGUUACUCAUCGUACUAUAGUGCAGUUCCUCCUCCUGCUGCUCCUAUGCCGACAAGUGAUCACUCCCAGGGGAUGAGCAAUUUACCUUGGGCUCCAAAUCCACCACAACCGCCACUUCCAGGAGCUUCCACUGGAGAGAAAAUGAACUAUGGAGCUGAUGCAGAGUAUGAAAAGUUCAUGUCAGAGAUGAAAUGA